CAGAACCACUAAGAGACAGGUUUGGAAGUAGUUUAAUUAAUUUAUUUAGUGUAACUGAAAUAGCUUACUCCUCGAACACACGGAACGAAUCUAGCACAAUCAUGAGGUUUCUGCCCGGAUUCUGAGGGCCGCUUCCGUUGAUCAGCGGAAGUGUGGGUCGCAAGAGGACGACUCGCAGAAGAAUCCCGCUACCGCUGUGUGCACGACCGGAAUCAUGUCGAGCUUGGCCGUGAGAGACCCUGCAAUGGAUCGAUCACUGCGUUCGGUGUUCGUGGGGAACAUUCCGUAUGAGGCAACUGAGGAGCAGUUAAAGGACAUCUUCUCGGAGGUUGGUUCUGUUGUCAGUUUCCGGCUGGUAUACGAUAGAGAGACGGGAAAACCUAAGGGUUAUGGCUUCUGUGAAUAUCAAGAUCAGGAGACCGCGCUUAGUGCUAUGCGUAACCUUAAUGGCCGGGAAUUCAGCGGGAGAGCGCUCCGGGUGGACAAUGCUGCCAGUGAAAAGAACAAGGAGGAGUUGAAGAGCUUAGGCCCUGCAGCGCCCAUCAUUGACUCACCCUAUGGAGAUCCCAUAGAUCCUGAAGAUGCCCCUGAGUCAAUUACCAGAGCAGUCGCUAGUCUUCCUCCGGAGCAGAUGUUUGAGCUGAUGAAACAGAUGAAGCUUUGUGUCCAAAACAGUCACCAGGAAGCCCGCAAUAUGUUGCUGCAAAACCCACAGCUGGCUUAUGCACUGUUGCAGGCACAGGUAGUGAUGAGAAUCAUGGAUCCAGAGAUUGCUCUGAAAAUUCUGCAUCGCAAGAUACACGUCACGCCACUGAUCCCAGGCAAAUCUCAGCCUGUCUCUGGCCCUGGCCCUGGCCCUGGGCUCUGCCCAGGACCCAAUGUUCUGCUAAACCAGCAAAAUCCUCCACCACCUCAGCCCCAGCAUUUGGCUAGAAGACCUGUGAAAGACAUUCCUCCUUUGAUGCAGACCCCUAUACAGGGUGGAAUUCCAGCGCCUGGGCCAAUGCCAGCUGCAGUUCCUGGACCAGGGCCUGGUCCCUUAACUCCUGGUGGAGCAAUGCAGCCCCAAGUUGGAAUGCCAGGGGUUGGUCCAGUGCCUUUGGAGCGGGGUCAGGUACAGAUGGCAGAUCCCAGAGCUCCCAUACCUCGUGGACCCAUGACUGCUGGUGGCCUGCCUCCUCGAGGACUAUUAGGAGAUGCUCCGAAUGAUCCACGUGGAGGGACUUUGCUUUCAGUCACUGGAGAAGUAGAGCCCAGAGGCUAUUUGGGCCCACCUCAUCAGGGUCCCCCCAUGCACCAUGCCACUGGUCAUGAUGGCCGUGGUCCUUCCUCACAUGAGAUGAGGGGAGGGCCACUAGGAGAUCCCAGACUGCUAAUUGGAGAGCCCAGAGGCCCCAUGAUUGAUCAAAGGGGUCUGCCUAUGGAUGGCAGAGUUAGUCGAGAUGCUCGAGGAAUGGAGACUCGAGUCAUGGAAACCGAUGUCUUAGAGACACGAGUAAUGGAGAGAAGAGGAAUGGAGACCUGUGCGAUGGAAACCAGAGGAAUGGAAGCAAGAGGCAUGGAUGCAAGAGCCAUGGAGAUCAGGGGCCCUGGUCCCAGUUCGAGAGGCCCAAUGACUGGCCCAAUCCAGGGUCCUGGUCCUAUGAAUAUGGGAGCAGGUGGUCCUCAAGGACCCAGGCAGGUCCCAAGCAUUUCAGGAGUGGGAAAUCCUGGAGCUGGCAUGCAGGGGGCAGGCAUGCAGGGAGCGGGCAUGCAAGGGGCAGGCAAGCAAGGUGGAGGUCAGACUAGCAGUUUUAGUCCUGGGCAGAGCCAAGUAACUCCACAGGAUCAAGAAAAGGCAGCUUUGAUCAUGCAGGUUCUUCAACUGACUGCAGAUCAGAUUGCCAUGUUACCUCCAGAGCAAAGGCAGAGUAUCUUGAUUUUAAAGGAGCAAAUCCAGAAGUCUACUGGAGCUUCUUGAAGGAUUUUUGAAAGUUCUUUCUAAAGUUGUUGCAGAAAAUUUUUCUAUAAUACGGAGAAGGGGUGCAAAAAACUGACUUUGCAUCCCCAUGCUUUAAUGGUUAGAGUUUUCUCUUCCCAGAACCUAAUGUCAUUUCUUGUGUUUUUCUUUUUUCCUUUUUAUUUUUAUUGGUAGGUCAGGGGAGGUGGGAGUGGGUCUGUUCACUUUAGUUUACUGUAUACAAAAAUAACUAUGAACAUGAUUAGUUUUUACUCUAAGAUUACAAAAAAUAUGCAGCAAUAUUAGGUCUGCAAUAUGUUAACUGCAUUUUAAAAGUACUGAGUAUGACAUUGUGAAAACAGCACAAAAAAACCUGAACUAUGACCUGCUCACAUGGUAAUAUACUAAGAUCCUUUUCGGUUUUUGGUUGUAUAAGAAAGAUGUUUUACCUCAAAGUUAUAAGAUAUAUUUUUUGUAAACCUUUUAAAAUAUAAAUCCUAUUUUGGGGGCAGUAGAAUGCUGUAUUUGGCUAAGUAUUGUUUUAGUGUUUGUGAAUUUUGAAACAUUACUACUAAAAGGAUAACUUUAAACUUGUGGUAUUAGAAUCGUUUUUCUAAACUGUGCUACCUAAAAAAUCAAGGAAUGCAUCUGGCUUGAUGUUGUUUCAUUUAUCAGAGACUAAGUACUACUCUGGCCUCAACUUGAUUAAUGAUUUUGCUGGGACAGUUGUAGGCUCAAACAGUUUUCUUAAGUCUGCUCUGGUGAGACUAUUUCUCAGUGGUCUUAAACUCUAGAUGGUAAGAGUAAUUCUGUCACAUUCUUCCCAAAAAUCCGUGUCUAGGGACUGGUUGUUCUGGAUGAACUUUACAGAGCAUUGGGCUUUUCAUAAAUAGUGGAGGGAUUCAUUCAGUAAAGUUCUUUCUGUUUGCUGGUAACUCUCUUCUAUCUAUAUACAGAUGGUAUCCAUCUGGUCAGCCAGAAUCAGGAGUUAAAAUCUUAGUCCCAGCAACAUUUAACAAGCUUUUUCUUAUUUCAGAACAUAAAUCUGUCACUACUUAUCACUUAUCCAUUUAUCAGAGUAGUUGAGGCCCAGGGAGGCAGAGAUAAUACUCUUAUAACCUGAAUUCUCUGCUCAGUUGGUUAUUACUCACUCUGCAAGUAAUAAAGACACUUAGUUUAAUAAACAUAUCCAUGAGACACACUUAAAAAUCAAUAGGAAGGAAGGUAGGCCUUAUCACUUGCCCUUUAAAGCUGCUACCCAAUUUAUUUUUAAACCUUGAAUAGAGAUAAAAAUGUGUAAUCAGAGACUUAGUGGUAAUUAACAGAUGUAAACACCCAACUAACCUGGUGAUCUUACUCUGAAAAAGAAAAACAGUAUCUUGUUACAGAAGAGGAAAAAAAAAAAAAAACAGCUGAGACUUGGAAAUUAUUUUCCCCUUGCAAGUUUUCUAUAUCUUUAAGUCGGUAAAUUCACUACAAAGUUUCUGUCCCUGUGCUUCUUGCCACCUGUUCUGCCCAUUUCUAUUGUUCACACUUAAUUUUCCCAGGUUUUUCUGUAUUUUCCCCCUGUAUUUGGAGGGGAUAACUGUCUUUUACACAUGUGAUAGUUCUGGUUAAUACUAAUUCAUGGAGUUGACUUUAUUACUUUGAAAUUACACUUAAUUUAUCCCAAGGCUUUCAUGGGUAAGCUGUAACUGAAACCUGUUAAAUGUUACGUUCUUUGUGGUAAAAAAUCUGAGUUGUUUAGUAUGGACUGAAUAAAAAGAAUGUACAUGUAAGACUUUCUUUAA